AUGUCGCUAUUGAACAGUCAAGUGGAUGAUGGAUUCGAUUAUUUCGAAUGUAAGAAAAAUGUACAAAUUUUGGCUUUACUUGAAUUGUGUUUUUUCAAAAAAAAAAUAUUUUUUUUUUUGAUUUUUUCAAAAAUUAAAAAUUUCAAAAACUCGAAAAAAAUAAAAAGAAAUUAUGUAGGCGCUACGACUUUUCGAGUUCUCUCGGUUUCUCUAUAGGAUGAGAAGAGCCCUCUGGACUUGACCAAGUCGGAAAUUGGCCAAAAAUUUCAUUUCGAUGACCACUUUUUGGGUCACUAUGGAUCAUCUCGGUUUGUCGUACAUUCCAGAGGCUCGGAAAAGGCUUAAUUAGUAGAAAUAAUAAGAUUAAGAGGGUCCUAGGAUAGCCUAUCAUCUAUUUUGCUGCGAUUUUACAUGUACUCACAUCAAUAAUAUCUAGAUAAAAGUUACGGAUCUUCAUUGUUUGCCUCAAAUUUUGAUCUUUUAUAUGUCUCAAUAACUCAGAGUAAAGAAAACUAAUGUUAGUAAUAGCUAAAGUUGCAAAAAUGGACAUUGAAAGUCUCCGCCGAGUCUUCGCCAAGUCUUCGCCGAGGCUCCGCCGAGCAUCCAAUGGCUUUGCCAGGCCUCGUAGACACUUCCUACAAGCUUUUUUUGGGCAUCCACCGGCCUUACGCCCCGUUUCGAUCGAUUUUUUGAUGACCUGAAAAGUCAUCAACGCCAAAAAUUUUAAUUCCAAAAAAUCAAAAAAAUCACAAGAUUUUUAUACCCCGUAUUUUACCUCAUUCUCCAACUCAAAAUAUGCAAAAACCCCAAAUUUAGACGAGGACGAUGAGGGCGAAUGGAUUUCGGUUCGGACGGACGAAGAGCUCCAAACAAUGUUAUUUUCCUUCGAUCCCAGCGACGUCAUCCCAAUCAAACUUCGUAAGAACACCCUCUAACACUUCUUGUAAUCGAAUGGAAGCCUUCCAGGUUCCAGCAAGACCCCGAAAAACAGUAUUGGCCCCACUUUGCACGACCUGAAGCCCGGCGAAAUCCAUCGCAUGGAGACGUUGGGUUCAGGCCAAUUUGGAACGGUUUAUCGGUAAAGAAAGUUUGAGAAAUCAUUUUCAAUUUACUCCACAGACCUCUAGCUACAUUCUAGAGUCGGAUUUAAAAGUAAAAUUUUAUUGCCUGCGGCAAAAAAUGAGGAAAAAUCAAAAAAAUCCUACUUUUUCUGGAUUUUUUCAGUGUAAUCGACGAAAUGGACCGAGAAUACGCCGUAAAAGCGAUUUGUGAGACGGGCGAUGAACGGACAGACUGGGGAUUACUCAAUGAGAUCGAAAUUCUCAAAGUAAGCGGGCGAAUUACAGUGUGGCAUUGAGAAAACUUGAAAAAUGUGGGGAAAAUAGGGGAAAUUGUAAAAUUUUGAUGAGAAAUCGAGAUUUUUUUCGUAGAAAAUGGUCUAAAAUUGAAGGUUAUAGUAGUAUAGUAAAUUUGGAGUAGGAGUUAUCAAAGUUAGAGGGUAAAUUACAGUAUGAAAUUGGGAAAAAUUGAAAAAUUUGGUGGAAAAUGGGGAAAAUUUUGAAAUUUUUAAUGAAAAAUUAGUAUUUUCUUGUUGGAAAAGGUAUAAAAUUAACUCACAUAGCAAUGUUCAUAAUCCCCAUUCAAAUUGACAUCCAAAACUUACAAUGUCACUCUUUUUUUACAACUUUUUCAGCGAUGUGAGAGCCCUUAUAUAGUCACAUUUCAUGGGGUCAGCCGUGAAGAAGGCGAGUGGCUGAUCCGUCUAGAGCUCAUGGACGGUCUCUCUCUUGACUUGUACGGCCAAAUCCCGGCGACUGUAAUGGCGCCGGUUACCGUAUCCGUGAUCGCCGGCUUGGACUACUUGUGGAAUAUGAAAGUGAUGCACAGAGGUCGGAAACCUUUUUUGUUUUGAAUAAAAAAUAUUUUAGAUGUAAAGCCAAGUAAUUUUUUGGUCAACAGCAAAGGGGAAGUGAAAUUAUCCGACUUUGGCGUGUCGCGACAAAUGAUUUUGUCGGCGGUUUAUUCGGUGGUCGGUACCAACAAGUAUCUGGCGCCGGAACGUAUCGCGUGUGAGCGAUAUCGGUGAGUGAGACUCUUUUUAUCACACUCAGCAACUUUUCCCGCCGUAUUUUACUCAAAACAACAUAUUACGUAUCGUUCGUAUAAAAUGUCGCCGCGGGUUGCACUAAAACUUGGGCGCAGGUCGCCGAAAUUAUAUUGUUGUAGUUUUGACGUUUUCGUUGCAGAGAGUGCUCGGAUGUGUGGAGUUUGGGAAUAUCGUUGGCGGAAAUGGCGUCCGGCCACUUCCCCUUCGAUCAGGCCACUUGGACUCAAGUGAUUCGCAACGAAAUCCGGCCCAACUUGGGAUUGGAAGCCAUUUCUGAAGGCCUAAAUGAUCUGGUCGCGAAAUGGUAGAUCUCUUCAAUCUUCAAAAUACCCUUUUAGUCUAAUUUACGACCCAAACGAGCGAAUUCAAGCCUUUGAUUUGGUGAAACAUCCAUAUUUUGUUGAUAAUUCCCCUCCGAACCGAGGAAUCGUUGCCAAUUUCGUGAAAGAUAAUGUAAACUCAGUCCAUCAGCGCCUGCAUUCUUGA